UUGUCAGCAUUACCUCUUGCUCCAGGCUCUAUCACCAUGAUGAAAUCAGCUGCUUUGACCAUUUUGGUCCUGGCAACAUCUUACUUCGUUUUCUCUGUUGCUGAUAAUCAAGUAAAAGUAAGUCAAGAAAAAGGGACAGAGGUUGAUUGUGGACAGUAUUUUACUUCUGCCAAAGGAAUGGGAUGUCCUAGGAAUUAUCAACCAAUCUGUGGGACUAAUCAGAAAACUUAUGGCAAUGAAUGCAUGCUCUGUGAUUUUAACAGAUCAACUAGAAUGAAUAUCAGAAAGCUGCAUGAUGGAGACUGUGAAAAGUAAGUCCUUUGACCUUAAAUAUCUAUGGAUCUUGCAAUGAGCAAAGGAAGAGUGAUUCCCAUCUGCAAGAAGCUUGAUCUCAAUCAUAAUCACUUGGUUACUUCUCACUGAGUUGAACUGUGGCCAUUGAAAUCCCUUUAUUGUUUGCUGAUUUAUUGACACAAUAAAUACUUUUCUGCAUGAACUCUAA